AAUCGACAGUCCAGCAGACUGCAAGCCAUGCUUCGUACGUAAUUUUCUUGGGACACGCAUACGACCACUUCAUUGCAAUUGCCGCAUAUAAUGUCAUGACAAUUGCAAAUAAACUGAGAGCCGUCGGCAUGUGCCGGCCUCUCACGCGAGAAUUAUCACUUCGUCCAUUCUCGACGACUUCCAUCAUCACCGCCCGCGCACCCAGGUUAUCAGCGAUACACAGGGGCUUACGCCAGUCGGAGAAGGCGACUUUCGGUGAGCGGUGGCCUUCAAGGGAUGCGUCAUCCAAAAAAUCUAGAGACACACGAGGCGGCGCCAGAACUAGCAAGGCGCUUGAAGGCGCGGCGUCGUGGCGCCAGCAGCAGAAGCUCAGGAAGAAGCUGGACCGCAAGGCAGCCGACGAUGAGGAUGAAGAGAGUGGGCGGCAAACAAGGCGGAAGCGAUUUCUCGAUCCGGAAUCCAACUUUGGCAAGAAAAGUUUGGUGUACCAGCUCAAGCACGGAGAACUGAAGGAACGAGCUGCGUCUCUAGAUCUACAGGAGCCUGUCCGUCCUGCGCCUCGGCCUUACAAUGACCGCUCGCGCCCUUGGGGGCCUGCAUCUCGCAACGAAAAAGAGUCUGCCCGCCCUGCCAGCCGACCCUACAACGACCGGUCGCGCCCACAAAGAACAGCGCCCACCAAGGAUGUCCGCCAGUCUCGCCCCGCAGACGACGAUGACUCGCUUGGCAAAGCCGAAUUCAAGGGACGUGGAAGGGGAAUGAUGCCGAUGACGAUACACUACACAACCGCGGCGUCCCAGUUUCUCUACGGCCGGUCCGUCGUCAAGGCAGCACUAGAGCAGGCGAGGCGCAAGCUCUACAAGCUGUACAUCUACGGCGGCGAAAAUCGAAAAGACUCAAAAGACAACGACAUCAUGAUGGCCCUGGCCAGGAGACACGGGGUGCCCAUCAAGAUUGUUCCGAACGAGGAGCAACGUCUCAUGGACAAGAUGAGCAUGGGGCGUCCGCACAACGGCUUCGUCUUGGAGACAUCGCCGCUGCCCCAACCACCCGUGCAAUCCCUGGGCAAGCUCGAAGAGUCUCCCACGAGGCUCGGGUUCCACGUCCUGCUUGACCAUCAAACUAGGGAGGAGGAGAUGGUCAACGGCACCGACACUUUCGUUCCUCGUUCCAAUGAUGUCACGCCAAAGCCGUUCGUGUUGCUUCUCGACGAGAUACUUGACCCUGGCAAUCUCGGGGCGCUCCUCCGCACGGCAAGCUAUCUCGGCGUAGAUGCUGUGGGCAUCACCAGCCGCAACUCGUCUACGCUGACACCCGUCGUGCUCAAGUCAGCGGCAGGAGCCGCUGAGGAACUCAGCAUCUUCACCGUUGACUCGCCGGUCCAGUUCAUUGAGGACUCGAAGAAGGCCGGAUGGAAAACGUACGCAGCUGUGGCCCCGCCAGACCGCAAGCUCGUGAAGCGGCAUGGCGACAAGUUCAUCUCGACCGACGCCAUCGAAAAGAUGAGCCCGCUGGAGCGCGACCCAUGCGUCCUGAUUCUUGGCAACGAAGGCCACGGCUUGUCAAAGCCCAUCAAGGUGGCAGCGGACUAUGAGGUCUCAGUCCCGCGGUUCGUGCAAGGCAGCAGUGUGGAUAGCCUGAAUGUGAGCGUGGCAGCCGGGCUGCUGUGCCACUCGUUUGUCAAGGGGUCAAUGGCUGAGGCGGUUGCACCCGUAGAGACACGGCGACAUGGUCGUGGCGGAGAGGGAGCGAGUGUCGCGGAGCAGGAAACCGACAAGGGCGAGUCGAUUUUCUGAGCAUCUGGUAUCUAACCAUCUCAACAUGUAAUAUGUAACGAUAUGACUAUCUCAACC